ACUUAACCAUCAAUAUAUAGAGUAGUAUUUUUAACAAAACUCUAGUACUAUACCAUCCAAGAAAUUCCAAAAUUUCAAAACCCCACCAACAACUAUAGGUCAUCAAUGUCAUUUUCUUAUGCUAAAUACUCUGGUUUCUUCUCUAGUGAUCUUCUUCCUUCUCUUGGAACCAAAAUCAACCACGAAACAAAGCUUCAAAAAUAUAUCAUUUCUCCCUUGGAUCGUCGUUACAGGGCUUGGGAGAUAUUUUUACUGAUUCUUGUCAUCUACACGGCGUGGGUUACGCCUUUUGAGUUUGCAUUUCUGAUAUACAAAAUAGAUGCCUUAGUCAUCUUUGACAACAUUGUCAAUUUCUUCUUUGCUAUUGACAUUUUCCUCAACUUCUUCCUGGCUUAUCUUGAUAAAGAGUCAUAUAUUCUUGUUGAUGAUCCUAAAAAGAUAGCAAUAAGGUACUUAUCAACCUGGUUCAUAUUUGAUGUUUGUUCCACUGUACCAUUUCAUGAUUUCAUCUUUAUUGAUCACAAAGAAAGCGGCGUUGGAUUUAAAUUGCUAAGUAUGCUCAGACUUUGGCGUCUUAGAAGAGUCAGUGCCCUGUUUGCAAGGCUUGAGAAGGACAUCCGUUUUAACUAUUUCUGGACGCGAUAUGCAAAAUUGAUAUCUGUAACUUUGUUUGCAGUGCAUUGUGCUGGAUGUUUUAACUAUGUGAUUGCAGAUAGAUAUCCUGAUACUAAAAGAACAUGGAUUGGUGCAGCAAAUCCCAAUUUCAAAGAAGAUAGCCUGUGGGACAGAUAUAUAACUUCACUAUAUUGGUCUAUUGUAACACUAACAACAACUGGUUAUGGAGACUUACAUGCUGAGAACACAAGGGAAAUGCUCUUUGACAUCUUUUACAUGUUGUUUAAUUUGGGAUUGACAUCUUACAUCAUCGGUAACAUGACAAAUCUUGUAGUUCACUGGACCGGCUACACAAGAAACUUCAGGGAUAAUGUAGAAGCAGCUCAAGAAUUUGCGAAACGAAAUCAGUUGUCACCAAGGAUACAAGAUCAGAUUUUGUCUCAUAUAUGUCUUAAAUUCAAAACUGAAGCAUUGCAACAAAAAGGGACCUUGAAUGUCCUUCCAAAAGCUAUCAGAUCAAGCAUUGCACAUUACUUGUUUUUACCAAUAGUUCAAAAUGUCAGUCUGUUCCGAGGCGUUUCCAGGGACCUGCUUUUCCAACUGGUUCCGGAAAUGGAAGCUGAAUACUACCCUCCCAAGGAAGAUGUGAUUUUACAGAAUGAGUCUCAAACAGAUUUGUACAUAAUAGUCUCAGGAGCAUUGGAUAUUCUAGCAGAUAUCGAUGGACUUGAACAAAUCAUUGGGAAGGCUGUUGCUGGAGAGUCAUUUGGAGAAAUAGGUGUUUUAUUUGGAAGGCCACAGCCAUAUGCUGUAAGAACAACUGAAAUUUCUCAAAUUUUAUGUCUGAGUAGGAAAACAUUACUGAACAUUCUUCGAGACAAUCCAGAAGAUGAACGGGUUAUAAUGAGAAAUCUUGUUCAGAAACUGCAAGGAUUUGGAGGCUUUGAUAAUGUGGAUGAGGCCAGCAACCCAAGUUUAGUCUUCAACAAAUGUUCUCAUGUUUCUAAGCAAGAUACGUCAACCAUUCCUAGCGAUGUGAUUAGUAUAAAUAUCCAAACUUUAGAAGCUAGAACUAAGAAACAAGUAGAAAAUGAAGGUGAAAGUUGUGGAUGUAACGUCCAAAGAGUUCUUGAUCAUUCUGUUGUUUCCAAGGCGCGUAUUGAAAUGGCUCCGAGCCCACCAGAAAGAAGAUGGAAAGAAGAUCAACUCAAUGCAAAACAUGGAGGAAACAAAAGCAUGCAUGAGUUGCCAUCAAGUUAUGUAAAUGAGAGUGACUUAAAUGAGGUCCCCUGCUGUUCUUAUUCAGGUAAUAGAAGUCAAAGUGGUGCAAAAGGGGGAAAAUCCAUCAAGAAGAGAGUUACUAUUCACAUGAAAAACAACAUCACUUCAUUGCAGGAGCAGAAUGGGAAGCUAAUAAUACUACCUGAUACACUAGAAGAGCUAUUCAGAAUGGCAGGUCAAAGAUUUGGAGACUACAAUCUCAAGAAAGUUGUAAAUGCAGAGGAUGUAGAAAUAGAUGAGAUAGAUGUCAUUAGAGAUGGAGAUCACUUGUUCUUUCUUUCAACUGAUUGGUCAUGUGUAGAAAGUAGUACAAUGUGACAUGAUAAUUCACUAUGUUGUUUGUUUGCACAUCUAGUGUCUGCUCAGAGUUUCAAAGCAAAAAAUUAUAUAUUGGUCAUGGUAUCUCCAAAGGGAUGGAAUCAAAUUGGAAAAAUUUUAAAUACCAUUUACAAAAUUACAAGACGUUCUU